UUUUAUCAGAACCUUUGACUGUAAAAAUGUUUUCCUGACUGGGUAGUUUUGAUAGGCUGAAAAAAUGACAGGUCUGAACAACAACACAAAAUAUUGUAGGGGAAACUCUAAGUAAAGCGUGAACUCUUUAAAAAAAAAAAAAGUAGGUCACAUCUAUGUAGUAUUUUAAAAGGUGUGAAAAGUCCUUUCCUCACAACAACCCAGAGAUGUUGAUAAUGCCAAUGUUAUUCCCACUUUUGGAGGCUUAGAGAUCCCAUGUGCCCACGAUCAUACUGCUAGUUAGUGUCUUGUACAGGAUUCAGUCAGAUUUACUCUAAGUUCAACUUAAAUGAAAUUUUCAUUGGUAAGUUAAAUAACAACUUGUAGGAAAUGUUUUAGAAAGGAUUCUUGUUUAGUUGUAGAUGGAUUCUGAAGUCAUCUCCAACUUUGCAUUCUGUGAUUCUGCUUCUGAAAUGUGGACUGAAUAAAUUAAGGAACCAUUUGUAAUCCUGGACCCCGGAAGUCUAUGCCCAAACUGAUUUAUAUUCGUCUAGCAUUAUUUUUGCCAGAAAUGAUUUGGGCUUCUUUGGGGGUAGCUUGGAUAGCAGACAGUGGUGUUCAUUGUGAUAAGACAGUUGUGAAUGCCAUAAUUGCAACAGUCAUUGUCAGUUGGAUAAUCAUCGCUUCCACUGUGGUUACCGUUAUUAUUGUCUUUGAUCCACUGGGAGGGAAAAUGUCUCCUUAUUCUACUUCUGGUACAGAUCACCUGGAUACUAAUGAUUCAAGCCAAUUAUUGAAUGGCCUCAAGACAGCAGCAAGAAGUGUCUGGGAAACCAGGAUCAAGUUAAUAUGCUGUUGUGUUGGGAAAGAUGACCACACUCGAGUUGCUUUUUCCAGUACAGCAGAGCUUUUCUCAACCUACUUUUCAGAUACUGAUCUCGUGCCUAGUGAUAUAGCUGCAGGUCUGACUCUUCUCCAUCAACAGCAGGAUAAGAAAAUAAAGGAUCCUGAGGAAGUUGUGAGUCACUCUCUAGUGGUCUCCCAGGAAUCUGAUUUGGAUACAGAAUUGGAAAACUGUCACCAUUAUGUGCAGUUUGCAGCAGCUGCUUAUGGGUGGCCUCUCUAUAUUUAUACAAAUCCACUUACCGGUUGCUGCAAGAUUGGUGGUGAUUGUUGCAAAAACAGAACAGCAGAAUAUGAAUUUAUUGGAGGUGAUCAUCUGAAUUGUCAUUUUGGAUCCAUCCUGCACACAACUGGGCUUCAGUACAGGGAUUUCAUUCACAUCAGCUUUCAUGAUAAGGUGUUUGAACUUCCUUUUUUAGUUGCUUUGGAUCAUAGGAAAGAAACUAUUGUGGUAGCUGUUAGAGGAACCAUGUCUCUUCAGGACAUCCUCACUGAUCUGUCAGCUGAGAGUGAAAGCCUGAAUUUAGAAUGUGAGGUGCAAGAUUGUUUUGCACAUAAGGGGAUUUCUCAGGCUGCCAAAUAUGUUUACCAAAGACUGAUCAACGAUGGAAUUUUGAGUCAAGCAUUUAGCAUCGCACCUGAAUACCAGCUUGUUUUAGUAGGUCACAGUUUGGGGGCAGGAGCAGCUUCUUUAUUAGCCAUCAUGCUCAAAAAUUCCUAUCCAGAAGUCAAGUGUUAUGCCUUUUCUCCCCCCAGGGGACUUCUAAGCAAAUCCCUUUCUGAAUAUUCCAAAAGCUUUGUUGUAUCACUUGUUCUUGGGAAGGAUGUUAUUCCAAGGUUAAGUGUGACCAACUUGGAAGAUUUAAAGAGAAGAAUACUGAGAGUGAUAGCUCAUUGUAAUAAGCCUAAGUAUAAGAUCCUGUUGCGUGGAUGUUGGUAUGAACUAUUUGGAGGGGAUCCAGAUAACUUCCCAACAGAGUUGGAAGGGGGAAACCAGGUAGACCUGACUCAGCCUCUACUGGGAGAGCAAAGUCUGUUGAUACAUGGGUCACCUUCAUAUAAUAUUUUCGAUGAAUCUCCUAGAGAAUCCCCAACUAGGUAUCCUCAUCUGUAUCCUCCUGGAAGAAUCAUCCACCUUGUUGAAGAUGACAGUUCAGGAAGGUCUUGUUGCUGUUCUACUUCCAGAUAUAGUGCAAAGUGGGCAACUGAAGCAGAAUUCAGUAAAAUUCUUAUAGGCCCUAAAAUGUUAACAGACCACAUGCCAGACAUCCUCAUUAGAGCCUUAGAUAGUGUAGUCUCCGAGAGAGCAACUUGUAUUUCUUGUUCAACACAAGAAAAUUUUAAUACUAAUAUAGCAUAACCAUAGCUAUUAGAAAGCAACAGUAUUUUUCAUUAUAUUUUGGAUUCUUCAGCCACAAGUGACUGAUUUGUAUUUGAAUUAUUUAUGAAGAAAAGUUUGGAUUUUCACAACUUGGAAGUGACCAGAUACUUGGGAUAUUGAAACUACUUUCUGAGAAAACUUCUGUUUGAGGGAGGGUAACUAGUGGAAAGAUCUGUAAUGUCAUUUUAAAUAGAAUCAGGUAUAAGAAGAAAGCACUGGGGGCAAGAUAGUAACUAAGCACCUCUAAACAAGAAAGUAAUCUCAGAAGAGCCAGCAAAAUUAUUUUUGAAGACUUGAAAGAGGAUAUGACCACUUUAUCAGCCAUGGAAUGAAUUGCUUCUCUCCAUCAGCCAGCUUGGAAGGGGCUUGUUAAUUGUGGCUGAAAUUUAGAGCAAGUAGAAGUUGGUAUCCUUAUCUAAAUAUCUAAUAGCUGUUGUCCCAAAAUUUAUCUGGCAGGGAUUAAUUACCUCAGAUACACUCCUGGAACUAGCAAGACCAAACUUUUCUCAGAAGUUUAAAUGUAUUUGAUCUUUUCUUCCCAGGCUUCCAAAUAUAUACUUAAUUUAAAAUCGUGGAUCAAAUCAUGAUUUUUAAUCAAAACGCAAAUAUAUUUAACUAAGAAGAGGAAAAAAAAAAUCUCCAUAGGAAUAUGUAAAAAAUUAAAAAAAAAAAAAUGUGAGGCAAAAUGCUGUUAGCAGCCCCUGAGAUAAAUAUUGAACUCUUGCUGGGAAUUCUUUUGGCAAGCCCCACCUUGCCACAUAGUUUUGCUUAACUCCUACCCUAAAGCUGCAGUGGGAGAACAAGGAGGUAAUGUAAAAAGUCGGGGAAUGUUCUUCCUUCAUUGUGCAUUUUCUGAUUUCAGCUUCUUUAUGAACCUUUUCUGUUUGGAUUGGCUUUUCACUUUUAUGGUUGUCCUUUUCCCUCCAGAACUGAUAGUUGUAAGUCUUCCCUCAAAACUUUUUUUUUUUUUAAGACGACGUAUUUCCCGCCCUACUUCCCCUUUGUAGGCAAAGGAUCAUCAAAAACAAAAAGCACUUAUACAUGUCACUACAAUUCUCACAGUGACUGCACUUUUCUAUGGGAUUUGUUUGCAAGGAGUCAGUACUAAUGGUUUUACUUUGAUCAAAAAGUAAUCAUGUUUUGCAUGUGUUUAUACUGUGCUAUUGUAAAUAGAAAUAAAGUCUCAAGAAUUUUUGUGAAUA